AUGGAGGCUCCAGAAGAUCAACACAACAUCCCUCACCCCUUUCUCCUGCUGCAACACUGCCCUGCGUGGUUGUCCAUCUGGAUUUUGGAGGUGGACAUCACGUUGCAGCUGCUGGCAGACAUUCAGUGGGGGACAGGCAGUGCCAGUCCGCUACAUGGGGCAGCCUUUGCCCGGGACGGUGUCUCCAUCGAAGGGCAGAUCAUCCUAUCCUGUACACCUCAGCAUACAGACUUGCCAUGCUUGCUCCCACCGACCAAUGAGGAGUAUAUUAGAGAUCCUCACUGUAGAAGUGACCGUGGUAGCCCACAGUCAGAUGUCCACAUGUUUCUCACGAUAUUUCCGGAAAGAAGUAUCCUGGGAGCUGCAGAUUCCCAUGCAGAGCCUGAGGUCUGGGGGCACCAGGUCCUUGUAAAAUUUAGUUAUGACCAGUUUAACAUCCAGGUGGCAAAGCCUGUACCAGCAGCGGCUGCUGUACCAGAGUCUUCCUCGCAUUCAGCACAGACGUUGCACGUCGAUACGAUCAGUAGGCGCAAGAAGCCGAUGCGGGCCUUCUUCCUCGCCCAUCCUCCUGAGACCAGCUGCAAGGCUGUUAAGCAGCAGUCUAUCCGAGAAGUCACAGGCUAUGUUUUGGUGGCUUUGAAUCAGUUUGAAUACCUGCCAUUGGAGAACUUGCGCAUUGUUCGUGGGACCAAACUCUAUGAAGAAAAGGAUGGUAACUUUGGACUCAGGGAACUUGGCUUGAAGAACUUGACAG